CAGCAUGUUUUGGGGGUGGUGACAGAGCCGCAGAGAGAAGCCAGUGGCGCGCGGGAGUCUUGGCAGCGGAGUGAGCCUCCAGGCCGGAGCAGACGCAGAGAGAGGCUGGAGGCACGGCUGGCAGGGCUCAUGAAUGGGGAUUCAGCUGCUGGAAAGAUGGCUUCCUCUGCCUGUCCCGUGGGCCUCAUUGACAGCCUGGAGCUCCUGGACCUCCUGUUCGAUCGGCAGGACGGCAUCCUGAGACGCGUAGAGCUGGGCGAGGACUGGGGCCGUAUCGAGGACCAGGCGCUGCCGGGUCGGGACUCUGACGAUUUCCUCAACACCAUCCUGGGUUCUGGAGACUCGGUGCCCAGCUCCCCGCUCUGGUCUCCUGCAGCCAGUGACAGCGGCAUCUCCGAAGACCUGCCCUCCGACUCCCAGGACACCCCUCCACGCAGUGGGGCGGCCGCCACCCUGGCUGGCUGCCUUACUGCACCAUCUGGCAAGGGGCUCUGCCCCUCCUACAAUCCUGGCACCCCCUGCCCUGCCAGGCUGCCUGGGCCAGUGACCCAAGUGCUGGAUGCCUCCGUGGCCAUAGACCUGGAAAUGUGGAGCCCAGGACUGUAUUCGGAGGAGCGCGCCGAGCUGGCAGACUCGCCUGCAAGCUGCAACCUCACAGUGAAAGACCUCCUCCUCUCUGGCAGUGGCGGGGACCUGCAACAGCCUCACCUGGUGGCCCCCCACCUGUUGCGACCUGGGACUGGGCAUUGCCAGGAGCUGGUGCUAACAGAGGACGAGAAGAAGCUGCUGGCCAAAGAAGGCAUCACCUUGCCCACUCAGCUGCCCCUCACCAAGUACGAGGAGCGAGUGCUGAAGAAAAUUCGCCGGAAAAUCCGGAACAAACAGUCUGCCCAAGAAAGCCGGAAAAAGAAGAAGGAAUAUAUUGAUGGUCUGGAAACUCGGAUGUCAGCUUGCAGUGCCCAGAACCAGGAGCUUCAGAGGAAGGUCUUGCAUCUUGAGAAGCAGAACCUAUCCCUCUUGGAGCAGCUGAAGAAACUCCAGGCCAUUGUAGUCCAGUCCACCAGCAAGUCGGCCCAGACGGGCACCUGCAUAGCGGUCCUGCUGCUGUCCUUCGGCCUCAUCAUCCUCCCAUCCAUCAGCCCUUUCGCCUCCAACAAAGCCGAGAGCCCUGGAGACUUCGCACCCGUACGAGUUUUCUCCAGAACUUUGCACAACGACGCCGCAUCCCGGGUGGCUUCCGAUGCCACACCAGGCUCCGAGGCCCCAGGCCCUUGGCCUGAGGCCAGCCCACCCCAGGAAGGGUCUCCAGGCUUCCCCGGGGCAGUCUGGGAAUCCCAGAGCAUUCCAGCUCUGGACAACUCAACGGAGGAGCUGGACAACUCUACCCUGGUCCCAGACAACUCGACGGAGGAGCCGAACCGGGCCACCCUGGACUGGGCCUCGCCUGAGCCAGCACUCAGCCUGGGGCACGUGGGGCUGGAGGCGGCAGGGGAGGAGCUGUGAGCACCACCCGGACACGCCCCCAGGCCCCUCUGCUUAGGGACGCUCCAGUGGACAGCGACAGCCACGGGGAUCGGAGGUGAGCCAGAGACCCUGGCGGAGAUGCCGGGAUGGAGAUGCAGAAACCCACAGCAUCACACUCAGGGAUGGACACACAUCGGAAACUGAUGCUCAGCCCAUGGCCACCGGGGCCACAAAGCCUGAGAAAUACUCACACAGACCCAGCAAACGGAAACAGGCAGACGCAGGCAGAGUGACGCACAGACCCAGACAGACCCACAGGUGGACACACCGUGCCUCAACAGCUCUCCUGGCCCCUCGCACACGGGGAGGAGGAAGCUACCGAGACUGCAGGAAUCCUGGCCCCAGAGCACCGACCUGAAUUUGAACCUCAGGGUGGGCACAGCCUUUUCUAAGACGGCCGUGAUCCUUAAUAAAAUAUUUUGACAGAACAAAA